AUGUUUCGUUCCACAUCAGCUUCAAGGACUGGGAAUCCUCAGCUGAAUCCAUUUAUAAAGUAUGUUGCAACAAUGGCGGCAGACGGAGGGGAGGCUAAGUAUUUCAAAUUGCAUGAAAUUGAUCCCAGGUAUGAAACUUUGCCAUUUUCCAUUCGUGUGCUUCUGGAGUCAGCCGUUCGCAACUGUGAUGAAUUUGACAUUACAUCCAAAAUGGUGGAUAACAUUUUCAACUGGAAGGAAACCUGCCACAAGAACAUUGAAAUUCCAUUCAAACCGGCUCGUGUCGUUUUGCAGGAUUUUACUGGUGUCCCAUGUGUGGUGGAUUUGGCAGCAAUGCGGGAGGCAACCAAACGUUUGGGUGGUGACUUGAAUAAGAUUAAUCCACAAAUUCCUGUGGAGCUCGUUGUGGACCAUUCCGUCCAAGUUGACAAGGCUGGCACUCCCACUGCUGUGAAGGAAAACCAAGACAUGGAAAUGCAGCGCAAUCGUGAACGCUUUGAGUUUCUUAGAUGGGGUUCAAAGGCCUUCGACAAUCUCCUGAUUGUUCCUCCUGGUUCUGGAAUUGUUCACCAGGUUAACCUUGAGUACCUUGCCCGUGUUGUGUUCAACAACAAGGGAUUGCUUUACCCUGACUCCGUUGUUGGCACGGAUUCACACACCACGAUGGUUAAUGGCGUUGGUGUUGUUGGAUGGGGUGUUGGUGGCAUCGAGGCAGAAGCCGGCAUGUUGGGUCAAUCCCUCUCUAUGGUAUUGCCACAGGUCCUGGGGUAUCGUUUUACCGGCAAACUGGCUGAGGGAUGCACAGCAACCGACCUUGUUCUUACUGUGGCCAAGAACCUCCGCAAGUUUGGUGUGGUGGGUAAAUUUGUGGAGUUCUACGGACCUGGCGUUGAUAACCUCUCCUUGCCUGACCGCGCAACGCUGGCAAACAUGGCACCGGAGUAUGGUGCUACCACCGGCUUUUUCCCAAUUGACAGAGAAACCAUUAAUUACCUGCGUUGCACAAAUCGCAGUGUGGAACAGUUGGAACGUAUUGAGGCGUACGCCAAGGCUGUUAAAAUGUUCCGUACAGGUGAUGAAAAAAUUGAGUAUUCGCACCACCUUGAACUGGAUCUUUCUACUGUGGAACCGUGUGUCGCCGGUCCUAAGCGUCCACAAGAUCAUGUGCCACUGAAAAAUAUGAAGGAAGACUUUGCUGCGUGCCUCCAAGCCAAGUCAGGUUUCAAAGGCUUUGGUAUUCCUGCAAAGGAUGUAAAUAAGACAAAGAAUUAUAUGGUAGAUGGGCAAGAGGCGGUGAUGCGUCAUGGGAGCGUUGUGAUUGCAGCCAUCACCUCAUGUACCAAUACCUCGAAUCCCCAUGUUCUUGUUGCCGCCGGAUUGGUGGCAAAGAAGGCCCUUGAAAAAGGAUUGAAGGUGCCACCAGGAAUCAAGACAUCGCUGUCUCCCGGCUCGCAUGUAGUGACAAGGUAUCUGGAAGCCGCAGGCCUACAGAGCUCUUUGGAUGCCUUGGGAUUUAACACGACAGGAUACGGUUGCAUGACGUGCAUUGGCAACUCCGGGGAUAUUCACGCAGAAGUAUCGAAAUGCAUCAGUGAAAACAAUUUUGUUGCCGCAGCGGUAUUGUCUGGUAACCGCAACUUUGAGGCUCGCAUACACCCGUUGACAGCCGCAAAUUAUCUGGCUUCACCACCUCUUGUUGUGGCCUACGCUUUGUCAGGGCGCGUCGAUAUAGAUUUUAACGAAGAACCUAUUGCAAAAGGUGUGUUCCUGCGGGAUAUUUGGCCCAGAAACGAAGAAGUGCAAGAAAUUGUGAGUCGGUACGUCACACCGGAACUCUUUAAAUCUGUUUAUUCGAAUAUUACGACAAUUAACGAACAAUGGAACGCCCUUCAGGUAAAUGAAGGUAAGCUGUAUGAGUGGCAACCCAAUUCAACGUAUAUUCACCACCCGCCUUAUUUUGAGAGUAUGACCAUGGAACCCACCCCGAACACUGUGAUAAAAGACGCGGCAUGCUUGGCGCUUUUUGGUGACUCUAUCACAACCGAUCAUAUUUCCCCUGCAGGCACCAUUGCCAAGGAUUCUCCGGCUGCCAAAUUCCUUCAAGAUCACGGGGUGGAGAGGAAGGACUUCAACACAUACGGUUCACGCCGUGGUAAUGACCUUGUGAUGGUGCGAGGAACAUUUGCAAACACACGCCUUGGUAAUCGGCUUGUUGGCGAGGGUCAGACAGGGCCAUUUACUAUUUAUUUCCCUACCAACGAAAAAAUGUACAUCUUUGAUGCAGCCAUGAAGUAUCAACAGGAGAAUAUUCCCCUCGUCAUUAUUGCUGGUAAGGAGUAUGGCAGUGGAUCUUCGCGUGAUUGGGCAGCCAAGGGCCCCUUUAUGCAAGGUAUCAAAGUUGUCAUUGCGGAGAGUUUUGAGCGUAUCCAUCGCUCGAACCUUGUUGGUAUGGGUAUUGUACCACUUCAGUUUAAACCUGGUGAGAGUGCGCAGUCUCUUGGCCUAACGGGCAAAGAAAGGUACUCUUUUGAUUUCUCUGGUGGCCUGCGCCCCGGUCAAGAGGCAACUGUACAGAAAGGCGAUGGCUCUUCGUUCAGUACCAUACUGCGUAUUGAUACGGAGAUGGAGGUGAAGUAUGUGGAGAACGGAGGUAUUCUUCAAUACGUUCUCCGAGAAAAAAUCCGUGGUGCCUUGUAA